UUCUAUUGUGCAAUUCGAUUAUUUUAUUUGCGUUUAAAAUAUUUUUGACAAUAAUAUUCUUCCAUAGAACUUUAUACCCUUGUUUCCUUUUGUUACAUGUUUACGAAAAUGUAUUUUUCUUUUUGUUUAUAGCUAGUACGAUAACGUCUGUUUUGUAAAACAUGACGUAAAUAUAAUCCAAAUAUUAUUAUUAGUUUCGUUUAAAGAUUUUAAAUGGUAUCAAUAUCUAUAUUUCAUAAUCAAAAAUAUUCAAAAGUAUUUAAUUUUAAUUUAUUUUUAACAAUAAAAAAUACAAUUGAAAUAUAUAAUUUCAGUAGAAACAGAGAAUACUAUAUUGAGUAACAUGCUCUUUUGACCUCAACUCAUAUUUUUGAUAUUAUUGUUAUGAUACAAGCAUACUAUUUUGCAAUUAUUACACUGAUAAAUUGAGAUAAUUCAGUGACUCGCUUGCCAGUUCACUCUAGGGGGUCUUAAUAAUUGUAAUUAAUUAUCAGUUUAAUAUAUCAUAUUAUAUUGUCACGUUUACUACUCUUAUCCUUUUGUAUUGUGUUUUUUAAUUCUUUUAUGUACUUUAUCAUUUUGUAAUUCUCAGUUUUUAGAUCAUGGAUAUUAUAAGGUUCUACAAAGUACCUGGUUUAAAGUCAGGUCAAUUUAAAAGCAAAUUUAACAGUCUUGUUCAAAUAACAAAUCUGAUUAGUGGUUUGGAAACUGAAUUGUGUUACUAUAUUGAAGUUAAAGAACCUCUGAGUGAAGAAGAAUUGGCAAUCUUAAAAUGGAUUUUAACUCCUCCUUUGGAAUCACAAAGUUUGAAGAAUUCCAGUGCAUUUGAUAAAAAAUUAAAUAACUGCUUUAUUAUUGAAAUUGGACCAAGAUUGAAUUUUUCUACAGCAUUUUGUAGCAAUGCUGUAUCAAUUUGUAGAUCUGUGUAUUUAGACAAAGUAACAAGAAUUGAAGCAGCAACUAGAUACUGUAUUAAAUACAAUGGAGUAAUUGAUAAAGAAAUUGAAGAUGCUAUAACAGAUGUACUGCAUGACAAGAUGACUGAAUGUAGAUAUAUGAAACCAAUAGAAACUUUUGAUCAUGGAUUUAGACCAGAAAAUUGGUUUGAAGUUAAUGUCUUGGGAGAUGGAAGAAUAGCAUUAGAAAAAGUAAAUUCGAAACUGGGUUUAGCAUUUGACAAUUGGGACUUAGAUUUUUACACAGAUCUAUUUCUUAAUAAAUUAAAGCGCAAUCCAACUAGUGUGGAGUGCUUUGAUUUAGCACAAUCUAAUAGUGAACACAGUCGUCACUGGUUUUUCAAAGGUCAAAUGAUUGUUGAUGGUGAAAAGAUGAAACAAUCUUUAAUCGAUAUGAUUAUGGAGACACAAAAAUAUUCCAAUCCAAACAAUACGAUUAAAUUUAGUGAUAAUAGUAGCGCAAUUAAGGGCUUUCAAACAAAAGUUCUACGGCCAAUGAAGACUUACACAUGUAGUCCUUUCUGUUUGGAAAAUGUAGAUCAAGAUUUGAUAUUCACUGCAGAGACUCAUAAUUUCCCAACUGGGGUUGCUCCAUUUAGUGGAGCUACAACUGGAACUGGAGGAAGAUUGAGAGAUAUUCAAGGAAUUGGUAGGGGAGGAUAUUACAUUGCUGGAACGGCCGGUUAUUCCGUUGGUAAUUUGCAUAUUCCAGGCUAUAAUUUACCAUGGGAGGAAAAGAAUCUACAAUAUCCCAACAAUAUGGCUUCUCCAUUAGAAAUUAUAAUUGAAGCCAGCAAUGGAGCAUCCGAUUAUGGCAAUAAAUUUGGAGAACCAGUCAUAUCUGGUUUUGCUCGUUCAUUCGGUAUGACGGAUGAAGUUGGUGUGCGACGUGAAUGGAUUAAACCCAUAAUGUUUAGUGGAGGAUUGGGUACCAUGGAUGCCAAUAUGUCUCAAAAAAUUUUGCCACAGAAGGGUAUGGAAGUCAUUAAAAUUGGUGGUCCUGUUUAUAGAAUAGGCGUAGGAGGUGGUUCAGCUAGUUCUAUUGAGGUGCAAGGUGAUAAUAAAUCAGAAUUAGAUUUCGGAGCCGUACAAAGAGGUGAUCCUGAGAUGGAACAAAAAUUGAAUAGAGUUGUUCGUGCUUGCACUGAGAUGGGACAGCAAAACCCAAUACUUAGUAUACAUGAUCAAGGAGCUGGAGGCAAUGGCAACGUCCUAAAAGAAUUAGUAGAACCAACGGGUGCAGUAAUCUUCACAAAGAAAUUUGACUUAGGCGAUCCAAGCAUUAGUACAUUGGAAUUAUGGGGUGCCGAAUAUCAAGAAAACGACGCAAUUCUUUGCAAAUCAGAAAGCAGUAAUUUACUUAACGAAAUAGCAGCGCGAGAAAAGUGUCCCAUAAAUUUUGUAGGGAUUGUCACAGGAAAUGGGAAAAUCAUUCUUUCAGAAGAGGAUAAUUGUGAUUCAUCGAAAUAUCUAAAUGAGAAUUACGAAUAUAAAUCGAGGCACCCAGUCGAGUUAGAUUUAGAAUUAGUACUUGGAAAAAUGCCUCAAAAGUCUUUUAAUCUGCAAAGACAAGUAACUCAGUUACCUGCUAUCAAGUUGCCCGUAAAUCUAACUGUACAAGGUAUCUUAGAAAGAGUCCUACGAUUGCCUUCAGUAGCAAGCAAACGAUAUUUAACUAACAAAGUUGAUCGUUGUGUUACUGGACUAAUUGCACAACAGCAAUGCGUUGGUCCUCUGCAUACUCCCCUUGCCAAUGUUGCUGUGACAGCAAUAUCUCAUUUCUCUACGGUUGGUAUAGCAACUUCUAUCGGAGAACAACCGAUAAAAGGCCUCGUAAAUCCAGCAGCUGGAGCCCGUAUGACUGUAGCAGAAGCGUUGAGUAACUUAGUUUUUGCACAGAUUUCAAAUAUACAGGACGUUAAAUGCAGCGGAAAUUGGAUGUGGGCUGCUAAAUUACCCGGAGAAGGUGCAGCUUUAUAUGAUGCAUGUUCUGCUAUGUGUUCAAUUAUGAAUGAAUUAGGAAUCGCAAUUGAUGGAGGAAAGGAUUCUCUUAGCAUGGCUGCACGAAUUGGGGAGGAUGUCGUCAAAGCGCCUGGUACACUUGUGAUUUCUUGCUAUGCUCCUUGUCCCGACAUACGACAAGUUGUAACACCCGAUUUAAAAGCUCCUGCAGCUGGAAAAAAUGGUUACAUAUUAUUUUUAGAUUUAUCAAAUGGAAAAAGUCGAAUUGGUGGCACAGCUUUGGCUCAGGUUUAUAAAUCCCUCGGAAACGAAGUUCCAGAUGUACAACGCGUUGACAUGUUAAAGAAUGCUUUCAAAGCUAUUCAACAAUUAAUUGCAGAGGGAAAAGUACUAGCAGGUCAUGAUAUUAGCGAUGGUGGACUUAUUACAUGCCUGCUUGAAAUGUGCUUUGCUGGUAUAUCUGGAAUGAACGUGAAUAUUUCUCAUAAAUCAGGAUCUCCUAUUGAAAUUUUAUUCACCGAAGAAGUAGGAUGGAUACUAGAAAUUGAUUCAAUAAAUUACAAUUAUGUUUUGGAAGUAUUUAACCAGUUUGAUGUUCCUGUAUAUUUAAUUGGACGAUCGGAAGGAUUUGGAUUGUCAUCGAAAAUAAAAGUUCAAGUACAAGAGAAGAUUUUUCUGGAAUCAACAGUAUUACCGCUAAUGAGUCUAUGGGAAGAGACGAGUUAUCAAUUAGAAUGUCGACAAACGAAUGUUGAAUGUGCACUUCAAGAAUUCAGUGGAUUACAAGAUAGAACUGCACCAUGCUAUAAAUUAACAUUUAAUCCUGACGUUAGAUCUACGGCAAUUUACAAACAUUUAUCUUCAAACAUUCCAGUUGCUGUAAUAAGAGAGGAAGGCAUAAAUGGUGAUAGAGAAAUGGCAGCAUCUUUGAUAGAUGCGGGUUUCGAAGUUUGGGAUGUUACAAUGCAAGACUUGUUAAAAGAUAAAGUCACAUUCGAUAGAUUCAGAGGAGUUGUAUUCCCUGGUGGUUUUAGCUAUGCAGAUGUUUUGGGUUCUGCUAAAGGAUGGGCUGCGAGUCUUUUAUUCCAUCCAUCUCUUCAAAAACAAUUAAAAUCAUUUAUUUCUCGAAAAGAUACGUUUAGUUUAGGAGUUUGCAAUGGAUGCCAAUUAAUGUCUUUGUUAGGAUUGAUAGGAAAUGAAGACGAUGAUAUUAAAGAACCAGAUAUUUUUCUAAGUCAUAAUGUAUCGGAAAGAUUCGAAUGUCGGUGGAGUACUGUUAGAAUUGAUAAAUCGCCAUCGAUUAUGUUAAAUGGAAUGGAAAAUAGUGUCUUAGGUGUAUGGGUCGCUCACGGUGAAGGAAGGUUUACGUUUAGAAAUAAUGAGGUUUUACAGAAACUAAAGGAAAGUCAUUGCUUGGCUAUUAAAUAUACUGAUGAUUAUGGUAAUCCAACCGAACGAUAUCCACUUAAUCCUAAUGGAAGUACAGAGGGUAUUGCUGGUAUCUGCUCUGCGAAUGGACGACACUUAGCAAUGAUGCCACAUCCUGAACGCUGUUCACAAAUAUGGCAAUGGCCUUGGAAACCCUCUAAUUGGGAAUAUACUAUUUCGCCAUGGCAACGCAUUUUCGACAAUGCAUACGCGUGGUGUGUAACAAAAGAUUGAGACAAUAACUUUUUUUUAUAAUAUCUUGCAUUAAUGCAGUCACUGUGUAAAUAAUGUAAUCAUAUAUUUUCUAAAUAAUCUAUAUCACGUUGUUUAACAAAUCAUAGAGUAUUACAGAUUACAAAAUUCUUUAUUUCCUACUUUCUUAACAAAGUAUGGUAACGUUCUUUUAUCAAAUAUUACAAAAAGAGAAGUAAAUUACAGAUUAAAUUCGUUAA